AUGGGCAUAAGGCCUCAUCAUGCUGAACCGUCACUGACUCAAGUCAACUCCGAACCGCAUCAGCAUCACUCCCGACAUUCCUUCAGAGUGGGCAUGUGGCAGAAAAUACAGAAUAUCUUUGCCAAAGAUGAUCCCACUCAAAGUCCCGUCGAGUGCACUGACCACGAUCAGUGGCCUCAGACAUGGGCUGAGGCCCGUGAUUCCAACAAGCCAGACUCAUCAACGAGGCCACUCGCUGUUGGCCUCCCCCGGCAAGCCACCUUCAGACGCCAGAAUUCCGAAAGACGGGAUCGAUUGUUUCCCAUUGAACCUUGUCCCGCUGAACGAAGAGCUCUCUCGUCGACGAGGCAUGCUUCGACCAGUUUACCCCGGCCUCGAGCUUCUUCAUCACCGCCGUAUUGGGAUCCUGCCCGUGUCUCUGCUCCAGCCGUGGCUGUGAGCAGCAAAGCUGAUGCCGGCGCCUAUGAUUCUCGUAUUGGCGCCAUCCCACCUUCUCUCGAUCCCACCCUCCCCAACAAUUCCGAAGACAUCUGGUCGGAUGAUGACUACCGGCCUCCUCGACCACCUUCGACCACUUCAUCGGAUGAUUCACAUUAUCCGCGGAUGCUUGCUGUUGACGACAAGCCGGAUUUGCGAGAUGAACUCGAUAGUCGAUGGAUCCUCAAUCUCAGCAUGCACUUCAGAGAUAAGUCCGACCGUGAAAAGUUCUUUGUCACUUAUGCAGAAACUCCCACGCACUGGCGUCGUGUGACCGUUUCAUGUGAUUAUCGCAACGCCGAACCAGGAUCCCUAGAGAUGGAUCUCAAAGAACUUCAGUUCCAAAGAGAUAAGAGCAUGCAAAUCUACGAGUCUAUCCGCGAUUCCCUUCCCGAAAUUCAAUUUUAUGAAACCGUCACGAAUCUUAAACUGGAAACCACUGAUGGCCGACUGCAUGUUCACGUCACUGAAGACGUCAACGAAAUCAUUCCGUACCCGCCGCGGUAUACCGUGGCACAUAUCCUUUCCGAUGAAGAGUUUUCCCCGAUGGAAGUUCGUGAGAGCGACUUGACCUUCGACUCUCAUCUUUCAGGAUUUGUCUACAAGAUCCGGUACAAGGGCAAAGUCUACAUCAAAAAGGAAAUCCCUGGCCCUGAUACGGUCGAUGAAUUCUUGUAUGAGAUCAAUGCUCUGCAUGCCCUUCACGGAUCUAGUCACGUAAUCCAACUCGAAGCCAUCGUUCUUGAUGAUACUCAACAAUCGGUCAGAGGAUUACUCAUUAGCUAUGCAGAGAAAGGUGCCAUCGUCGAUUUACUCUACGACCAUAGAGGGUCUAUCCCUUGGGAAGAUCGAUGCAGAUGGGCUGAGCAAUCGGUGCGUGGACUUAGCGAGAUACACGAAGAAGGUUACGUCCAAGGCGACUUUACCCUGUCCAACAUCGUUGUCAAUGGUGAUGGAAAUGCCAGAAUCAUCGAUAUCAACCGCCGUGGAUGUCCGGUCGGAUGGGAGCCUCCUGAAAUCGCCACCAAAAUUGCCAGCAAUCAAAGAAUCUCGAUGUACAUUGGUGAGAAAUCAGACUUGUAUCAAUUGGGGAUGACAUUGUGGGCAUUGGCGAUGGAUGACGAUGAGCCUGAACGACAUGUUUCACCGUUGAGUGUUGAUGAGUUCCCUUCCGAAGUCCCCGACUGGUACCAAGACAUCGUCAGAACUUGCUUAUCCCCCCGACCGCGGGAUCGAUUGUCCGCCAAGGAACUCGUUGAGAUGUUCCCAUCAGAAGGAAGUUCCAAAUCGACCGAGGAAUCUCACCCCCACAAACGACCCACAUUGAAGUUGCGCACCAGAAAGGAGUAUAUUGACCCUGCUGCUGCAGUUGAGCGCGAUGAUAUCGAACGAUUUAAUUUCAGUCAGCAUGAACUUGGUGGCGUCGUCACCUAUUCACCAGAAAGCUCCAGGGACGAUUACACCUUCACCUAUCCCCGGUCGUCGAAUUACGAGUUCGACAGUGAAACUUCAGGGUACGAGAGAGGCAGGAGACCACCCACCAGUUGUGCACAUCUUGGUCCAAACGAGACACCUCAUCGGUUACGUGAUGACGAAGGAGCCCAUCCAAUUACCGAUCCAAUGGACGAUCCAGAACCCAACAUUGUCGCAAUUUCUCCAGGAGUGGAACGCGAGUUUGACGAGGUGGAGUUGGAUGGUCAUCCUUACCUGAUAUCACGCAGGACGUUCAACGACGAAGAAAGAGAAGUUCUGGAACGAGCGGCGGUCGAAGAAAGGGAUUUCCAUGAUCCAGGCCUUUCUGUCGACAACCCUGGACUUGAUGUCGCUGGAUCUUUGGAUUCUUCGGAACCUUUGCCAGAACGACGGUCUUCGUUCCCAACGGCGGCUUCUACCACCUCAGACAGCACUCCUAGGAACAGCCAUGCUAUUCUUCCAACACUUGCUCACCAUCAGCCCGAUGGGCGGGGCCCUGAGCCAAAAGAUCCUCAAGCAUCCGAGGCAGCAGAUUGCAACCCGGAUAUGGACAACGACCAAAAUACCCCUCAGGAAAACUGUCUACCACACUCGAUUACCACCAGUCGUGACGCUGAUGUUCUUAUGUCUAAUGCGACUGAAUGCCCCCAUCGGAAGGCUUCACCUCUGCCUAGAGUAUCAUCGAUGAGUCAGCCUCCUGGCCUUCCAUAUGCAGACAGUGGUUAUGACGAACCACUGGGCUUGACUGAUGACGAUGGACCUGGUUAUCUGGGUGUGACAUCGAUUGAAGACGGGGAAUCGGUUCAAGAAGUAGACGAAACGCCCAUCUCAUUGGUCGAGGAAGACACAACACACCAACCGCCUACAGCUGAUGAAGCUCACUGUUUCCCAGAGGUCCCUGGAACAACUUCACUCCAACACGAUAUUACCUCACCGGAACACCAAGUUUCUGAAUUGUCAACAGAAAUCUCAAAGAACGAGUCAGGAGGAAAGCAAGUCCGAAUUACGUUACCACAAGACAACGAAGUGUACUUGGUAGGCAAAGCCGACGAGCCUGUGCAUUCCGACGAAGAGAUCAAGUGA